ACGUAAAUGUAAUCUUUGAUUAUGUAGCAGUGGUUGGGGGCGGUGGUGAGGAUAGUGCGUACGGGAUGAAUGUGGCCAAUAUUCCAGUAGUAAUGAAUUAGUCAAUUAAGACAUACUCUGUUUUUGUGUUGUGUAGUACUGUUACAUAAUAACAUGUGUUGUUUAUUCGCUGGCGCAGCGGAGUUGGGUCCAUAUUAAGUUAUUAAUGCGAUGUUAAAGUGAUGGAUCCGUUCUAUUUUUACGAGGAUUGUAGGCUCAGAAGAGACUGUGUAAGAUAGAGUAAAUGUCAAAGACAUUUCAUCAUGCCAUUCGUCAGAAGUGUACGUCCUUUUUUUCAUAACAAGAUAAAUAUAAGUAGUACAAUUUUUCCUCAGGAAUUUAAACUCAAGAUGAUAUAAGGUCUGAAACAUGGGCUCUGUGCCCUACGUAUUAACCAGUUUAGAAGAUGUGUCAUCGCUGUACGCUCCUCUCAGAUCCACACAGAGAAUCAAGUACACCUGCUUCGCUGUCUCAAAAAGUUUUCUAAUAUUUGGUGCCACAAGUGGAGGCCUCUAUGUGUUUCGCAGAGAAUCGUGUGCCUUUCUACAGUUGAUUCCUAACAAGGAGGGGCCUAUUCAGCAUGUGACAGUUUCUCCUGAUGAGCAGCUGUUUGCAUUUGCCACUGUUAAGGGAGCAGUGUGUAUGCUUGAGCGGAACCAUGUAGCUGGAUCACGUCAUUUGCACAAGUCAUCUGAACAUGUUGGUACUGAAGUUACUGCCUUGUGUUGGGGUGCUGAAAAUGAGCUGUACAUUGGAGAUGCCUUGGGACGAGUGUCAGUACUCAGUGCACCCGUGCUGGGGAAGAAUGUUUUUAGCACACCAUCAUUCCAGCUUAUGCAGCUUGAUUCACGUGUGGUACAAAUGGAUGGACAGGAUGGACUUCUGUUGGUGUCAACACUCACACGAUCAUUUAUCUGUGAUACAAUUAGAGAACAAUAUAGGCAGAUAGGACAGAAGCUUCGGGAAGGGGAAUUUGGAGGCUGCUUUGCAAAGCAUGUCGAAGAUAGACAACCACAUAUGUUUUGCGCUCGACCUGGAUCACGUAUUUGGGAAGCUGCAUCAGAUGGAACUGUUCUGAGCACACAUCAGUUCAAACUUGCUCUUGCUGUACCUCCAGAACCAGUUAUAAGUUAUUCUAGUCAGAAUUUGCCAGUCAGUUUAGAAGGUUCCAGUGUCUGUUGGAAUCAGCAGUCAUUUAAUUUUGCUAAGCUGCUCACUUUAUCUGAUAGUUUUCUCUUUACUUUCAAAAGUGAUGGACUUUACAUUUUUGAUCCGUAUACAGCCAGGGUGAUUCUGUGGAAUAACAGCUUUACUGAUAUUGUGGAUGCUGGCACAGUAGACAAUAGCAUUUAUGUCUGGACAGCCACAGGGAAAAUGCAUGUACUUACACUUCAUCCAUUGGAGAAAUUCUUGUUACUACUGUACUUUCGUAAACAGUAUACAUUAUGUGGCCUAAUGUGUAAACUUCAUGAGAAAUGGUUACUGGAAGCAGUAAACACGUCUCCGAAACUGUGUGUGUUAGCAGAUCUUACAGAAAAGUUGGAACUUGAUCAAGAUUUAGUCCUGUCACUAUCACCACUUCUCAAAGAAUUGUCAAAACACGCUGAACAGAAACAGAUAGCUCAGCGUCUUGAUUCAGGAAUUUUUAUUGUUGGUAAUGAUUACUUUCUGUGCAAUGAGGAGAACACUGUUUCCGAAGUCCCUAAUGUAAGAAGAACAGAACAUCUCAAAGAUAAAUCGAGAUCACUAAGUCUUUCCCCUGAAAGAAACAGUGCACACAAAUUAGAAACAGUUAAUGAACUUGAGAACAGCAAAAGAUGUGUCAGUCACAGUUCUCUGCCAGAUGUGACAAAUAGUUUGAUUGAUCAGCAACGUCCUUUUGUUGAUAACAACAUGAAUAAAUGGAUAACAGAAGAAAGUUGUGGAAAUUAUAUGGACCCUGAUAGCAAAUGUAGUGAUGAUUUUCAAACAUCUGCUGUACCAUCCCAGGAAGCAGUUCAAGCACUGAGAGAAAUAGGACAAUCAGUUACAUGGACUAUUACCAACAGUACAAAGUCUCUGAAACAGAAGUGGCAGUUUCUGGAAGACAAGGUCAAGAAUUUCGCUCAAGAAAACUCUUCUCAUCCAUCUGAAGCUUUGUCUGAUUGUCAGUUAACUGAAGAUAAUUCUCUUGUUAAUUCAGAAAGAGCAUACGAAGAACAAAGUGUCUUAGAGUAUCCAAAUUUGAACGUGUCUGAUUUAAUUAACAUCUGUGAUGAAUAUUGUAGAAUGGAUAUUGCUGAUACGGAAUCACUAAGAAUGAAUUUUUGUAGUAGUGUCAUAGCAAUUUCUUGUAAAUAUAACCAUUAUAUAAACAGAAGGAAUACUAAACUAGAUUGUAGCAAAGGUGACAAUUUACAUUUUAAAGAUGAAAGUGAACAUUUGGAUGAAAGUGUUGAUUCUUUGGUAGUGGGAACAGCCUUUCCAUUUCACCACUACUUUUCUCCAGAGAGACUUGAAACUAUGAAACUCUUAGUUCAUGAUGUUUUGAAGCAUAAAUCUCUAGUCAAACACUUAAAAGACUUCUUAUAUGAUAUAGAACUGCCAGAAAGCUCUCUAAAAGACUACUUUACUGUUAUUUCAGAAGAUAGUUUAAAAUUAGAUAUAGCUAUUGGUAGAUUUUUGUCAUUGUGUUCGGAAAUAAUUGAGCCUGAGACCGUUCUUGAUGAUUUAAGGAAACUGGAAGUGCCUUGUUACUUUACCUCUCUUUCUGUGUUACUAUAUAUAGUCCAGAUAGGUGCUUCAAAUUUUCUUGGUUCUAGAAGUAUAGAGAAGAGUGACAGUAGCAAUGGUUGGUCAGAAUUGCUGCUACUUAAUGCUCUGUUCAUUACAAUGCAGAUGGGUCAGACUGAAAUGUACAACUCAGUUCGAAAGGAAAUGUAUGUAAAAGAUAUUUGUUAUUUAGCGAUAAAGUUGGAGCAAUAUAUGGUGAAACAUGGUGAAAGUGAACACUCUGCAAAACGUCACUGCCAUUUUCUCUUCCUCUCUUGUGUUGUUAAAUUGCCUAACUUCAGAAACACUGUACUGGAUUCGGUGCAUGACAGCUUCCUUGCAAAUUUCAUCACUGCAGCUUUAGAAUCAGUUAACCAGGAUUGUGGAAAGACAUGCAAGUGUGGAUAUCCUCUGGAAACACCGAGUAGUGAGAAAGUUAAAUUUAUCGAAAUAGGUACAAUUGUUUUAGAUUACUUUCAGAGGACUGAUCAUGAGCGAGCAUUACUUCUAUGCAAACAGAUUCCUCAUUUAUGGUAUCAGAUGUUACAUAAGAAGUGUGAUAGGUCAGAUACAGACUUAAAAUUGAUUGUGCAGUUGGGCAGUAUACAACAUUUAGAAGAAUAUCUAUCUGAAGCAGAUGUAAGUUUCUGGAAUCAUGUUUUAUCUCUGGUGUUUACUUUUCGCUCUGGUACUUGCCUGGGCUGUAGCUACCCGUUUACGGUAGAAAAGGAUUUCCAUGGAUCACUGUCUCUCUCUUUGUUGGGUGCUUUGAUUGUCAAAAGCCUGGGCCCUCAUGGAGCAACCUCUCUCUUCAAGAAGCAUAGUCCACAGAUUCAGCCUGGUGAACUUGAUGCAAAGUUUUUCCAGUCCUGCAUCUUUGCAGCCAUGGUAAAUGUAAAAAAGGACGGACUACAAAGUACUGUUGUUGAUAGAGUACAAGGGCUGCCCGGACAUUCAUCUAAAGUUGCCACUUUCUCAUCGAAGGCAGCAGACAGGAUCAACAAAGCUCUUCAUGAAGAUGGAUUUGUUUUGAAACAGACAGGAUACAACAACAUCACAGAAAGAGCAAAUAAUCAUCACUGGGGAGCACGACUUGACCUCUCUCGUGAUACAUGUGCUCUAUGCUGCUUGCCCUUAGGAUCACAGGUCUUGCUGAGAGAAGGGCAGGGCCUUACUGCAUAUCCAUGUGGACAUGUGUACCAUACAGUUUGCCUCCGGAAGAAGUAUGCUACCUGCCCUCUUUGUUGUUAGUCUGUUGAUUGCUGAUGAACAAAAUGUCAUAUUUUGAGGCUCUCUUUUUGAUACAUACUAAAAUUAAUAACACAAGUAAUUUCAUUAUAAUUAUUUUUUCACAAUAGCAGCAAAUGUCUGUCCUUUGUUAAACAGUCACGACCACGAUGGUCAACUCAUAAACAAUUAAUUUUUUGAUGUAUUAUCAUUUUUCUGGUGUUCAGAAUUGUCACGAGAGAAGCAAUACUAAAUAUUUUUGGGAACAGUGCUUUCUACAAGUGUUACAUGGCAUGACUUUCCACACCAAAACAAUACAUAUAUACUACAUUUCAAGUAAAUGACAGUUUCUAGAAAUCACUUCUCAUCUGCUGGGGUAAAGUGUUCUGCUGUGAAAUUGGUUACAGUAUAGAUUGGCAUCAGCAGUAAUUGUUUGAUUGAUGGGUGAGGAUCUCAUUGUUGGCUUUUGCCACUCCUACAUCUCGUGGGCAAUCGUGCUGCUCAUAAUCUGUGUUGAGACUAUAAGAGAAUUUACAGAGCAAUGCAUGUGACUUUUCCAUUUUAGGACCAUAAUAUUGUUGAUGCAAAGCAAAUAAAAAAUGGCUACUGUGGAAUAAUAAGUGACUGAAAGGGUAAUUACAUUAAUGGUCAGAAAAGUAACUGAUUCUAGAAAACUGCCUGUCAGGCAGCAAUGCUUUCUUGGUUUGGUCAUUUAUUUCUCUCAGGAUUGUUCUGUUUUAAUCCGAUUAAAAACAUUCGAUUUAGUGAGAGAUAUCAAAUAAAAUAGGCACUUAAAUUUUUAUUUUUAUGAUGAUAAGAUGAAGAGCACAGGAAAAGAAUUUGCUUUCUCCAUAUUAUAAACUGUUCAGGAGAGAAAUUUUAAAGUAUAUAAUGAACAAAAUUAAUCAAUACAAAAGUCAUUUGGAAGGACACACUAUAUAGAUUAAAUUAAACUGAUUCCUUAGAUAUUUAAAUUGUAAUUUUAUUGACAUAAUGUUUAAAGUGAUCUCAUGUAUAACAAAGGAAAAAUGUGCUGUGUGUAUACAGCAGAAUAGAAUAUAAUCAAGUAAACCUAUUUUUUUGUUUUUUAGAAAUUGUGUUUGAUUAUUGUGUAAUGAAAAACAAUGUUUAAAACAAUGAAUGUUUAAAACAAUGAAUGUGAAAGGUAAAGGUCCAGAGUUAGAGUCUCAGUCUGGAACACAGUUUUAAUCUGCCAGGAAGUUUCAAAUCACUGUGUCCUCUGCUCCAGAGUGAAAAUUUCAUUCUGGGAUAAAGACACUUCUUGGUAAGCAUUUUCUCUUCGCUAUUUUAACUUCGUGUGGCAGAGUGGUAAUUAGAGUAAAAUAUAAUAUCACUUUGUCCCAACAUACAUUUCUCAGCCUAGUGUAAAAUGUUUAUGUAAAACACUCUUGGUUCUCUUCUGCAAUACUACUUCAAAACCUGGAGGUCUGUAAUACUUUUCGUUUAAUGUUGCCAGAGAACCUAUAGAGACAUGUUAUUAUUAUUAUUGUUGGCAUUAUACAAAAUUAUACUGAAACAAUUUUUUUAUAUUUUUACAUUUUACCCCUGUAAGCAAGAGAUGGGUAUUCAAGUGACUGCUACUUUUAAGUCACUGUGAAGCUCUGAUCACCAAUAAAAUCUAAGCUUCAUUAUCAGUUUCUUGAUGUUGAAUGACACACAGAUGUUUGUUAUGAUGACCAACACUCUGAUGAGUCUUGGUAGGAAAGGACAUUUCCUCGAAUAUUUAUUCUUCUGAAAUGACCCACAAUUUUGUAUCAUAUCUUAAUUGACAAGAUUAAAAGGCGUAGUUUUACAUCAAGCUUUAACCAUUAUCUGCACACUAUUCACUGUAACUCCUGCUAAUGCUUGUCACAUUAAUCAGUCUCAUAUUCUUAUCACACUCCAAAAAUAGUGUCUUCUGGUAGGGGAAGCUACUUCCAUUGUUUCCAAAAGUUCCAGUUCACUCACACAAUAAUUAAGAUACUUCGGUACAAUGUAAUUGUUUUUCUGGGAUGAAGAUGAAUCACAGAAACUUAGACGUUUGACUUUCUUGUCCAAUAAUUUUGUCACAGAGUGAUUUAGAUUGUAAACAACUUCAUUGGCUCCUUUCUUUUCAAUAUCUUCAAUGUAAUUGUAGAAAACUGAAGUUGCACUUGAAAGCUGAGAACAUUGAAAGAGUAAACAGACAACUGCCUUGUGUAAUAGACGUCAUUAGUACUUAUGUUUGAUAAGCGUACAUUUUUCGUCCAUGCAGGUUGCUUCUGUUUCAUUUGACUUUUGGCUUCUUAAAUGAAUGUUUCACCUUUGAAUUUGUGUACUUUCCGAUCAAUAGUGAUCUUAUUUAUUUAUUUCAGUACUUGUGUUUCCAUGUCAUCUUUUUAAUUUUCAGGUAACACUGCAUUCAUCACAGUUUCAACUCAGCAGUGCACUUAUCUCAGGUUGAUCAUGCAUCAUGCCUUGUAUAUCCAAAAGCUAUAUUGAAUUUGCUCUUAAAACUGUUCUAUGCAUUUCAUAUGACACGUGAAAAUUUGGGUAGUUUUCCUGGAAUAUUUCAUCCAGUUUUUUUUUUCACCAAAAGUUCCUCUGGGAGAUACAACCUCUUGGUCUUGUCAUUGUUGUAAUGACAUGAUCUAUCCUUAAAUGAAUGAAUGUGAUCAUUAACUGCCAUUCCUACUUCAGCCUCAAUUUUCUACAGCCUAUUGCCAUGCUUAUUCCUUCCAGCAUGAGAAGUCUUGCCCUGCUUCAAAAAAUUCUGACCUGUUAUUAAUCAUUGCCUUGGUACUCCAUGUACUUCCUCAUAAAGGCUUUUCUGCAUAUAGGAAUUUCAUUUACAAUGUCGUCACCUUCCACUCGUAAGUGUGUAGUAUGCUCAAAGCUGUGCUUAAUCUUCAUUCUCCCUUGAUAGCACUCUGAAGUGAAAGUAUUGUAAUGAGAUCUAUCAGAUACAAUGAGUGUUCAAUCCAAUGUCCCAUAUCACUAAAUUUUAUAUAAUACUUGAUCUUUCUCCAGCCCUUACUAUCACAAAACACUUUAACAUACAGUUACAGCCUCUUCGUAGUUCUUGUGGCUCAACUCUUAAUUUCUUCAUGAAUGUACUCAUUUGCUCUCAUCCAUGGGUUUUCCUAACACUGAGGGAGUCUGAAGCACCCUUGUCUUUCAUCCUCUGUUUAAGUACACAUCAUUCAAUAUAAAUAAUUAACUAUUCACACUGAAAUGAAUCACUUGCAAAACCUGCAUUACUGAACAGAAUGUCUCAGGCUAAAGCAAUGGUUUUCAGUAGCAUUAUUUCCCUGUAGAGUUUGUAGAGUUGUAGAGUGUGGACUGUUCAUAUUAUCACACUGGUUGAUUACCAAUAUUAAACAACAUGGAAGCCAACAUCUGAUGGCAUACAUAACUUACUUUUGGAAAAAAGUGGACAAAGCACGUUCUUUCCCUGUACUCUUCAAAUGGAAAAAAAGGCUAAACAAUGGAAAAUCCAGGAUGUAGUGACAGUAUUAUGAAAAGCAUAAGUUUCUACUCACCAUAUAGAGGAGAUGUUGAGCUUUAGACAGACACAACAAAAAGACACUGUACGUUUGAUCUUUUGGCCAGAAGACUGUGUUCUGAUUUAGAAAACCCAAACACAUUCACCCAAGUACAACAACUGUCUCUGACCACUGAAGCCAGACUCACUGGCCACACACUGUGUUUGUUUACGGCAGUUGUGUUUCCAAGAAUGGGUGUUUGUUUUCUACAUUAUAAGAACCAUUUUUGCAUAAAGCUCACAUGUAUAGCAGUCUUCUUUUGUCUGUCUGUGCACUCAACAUUUUCUCUAUAUGAAGAAAAAGAUUACUAAUUUUUGCUAUGCAUAAUGCAUAUUAUUUGUGAAAUGUCUGAGGAAUUUGCUACCCCCCGCAAAGGAAGUAAAACCUGACAUGUCCUAUUGUGAUAUCUUCAUUCAACAUUGUGUUCAUACUUAAUUAAAAUUUAUAAUAUGUUACAGACACAAGAUAUGGAAACCAUUUUAAUGAACUUUAAUAAUUCAUUCAUUCAUUCACUCACACAUUGUAUUCCAUAUAUCACAUUUUGGAGAGCCUUCAACGGUGUGAAGUAAUGAAAAAUGCUGACUUAAGAUUCUUUUGCUGUAUUUGUGUGACUCAUUCUUUUGUAAUUUGCGACAUGGACUACAGACAAAUAUCUCUGUGUCUCCUUAAAGUGAUAGUUUCUGUUUCGCUAUGACCUGUGCUACUUUUUGAAAAUGAAUUAGUUAUUUGAUGUGCAGAUAAAAGUAAGUGGCUUCCGCUCUUGUGACCAAUUGGGAGUAGCCAAAGGAACAUAAAGUAAAUCAGCUCAUAGACCUUAAUUAUAAAAACAGAAUGUUACCAAAACUGAAACCAAUUAAAUAUAUAGUUUUUCCAUUGCAUGUUCCACUUUUAACUUGUACAAACAUUAUCAUUUUCAUUUUUGUGCUCUUGUGUAUUCUUUCCUUUAAAAUUAGUGGCAAGUACAAGACCCAGAUAAUUCUGUGAUAAUUUGUUUAGGAUGCUAAAAAUGUGAAAGUUUAUUGAAAAAGUCUGCCAUUAUCAGAGUUAUUUAGUUAUGUAGCAUAUUGUUGAUCGCCAGUUGAGACUUCUCAUUUGUUUGACAGUGUGUUUCCCACAUUAUUAACUUCACUGUGACACGCUUUAACUGUUGGAUAAGCUGUUUUAGGAAACACAUACAGAAGAAUCCUCAUUUGACUCCACAUAAAACAGAUUAAAAAAACAGCAGUGCACAAAACUAUAUGCUAAAUCUUGAGUCUUGCUAAUCAAAGUUUCUUAAAUGAAAGGUUUGAGAGAGAAAGUGAAAGACAAGACAGUUACUGAAAAACAAGAAGUUUGUUCAUAUUUGUGGUGUCAUCUUUUACUUUUUGUGUAUUUUUUUAAAAGAAAUGUUUUUUCUUGUUGAAAAAUGGACUGUUUAAUAUUAGUGUGUGUAUCAAAUGGUGCUCUCUUUUAAUGUUGUUUUGUGUGUUUUUGUUAUCUUAACAAAUUGACUUCUAAAUAUAAUUUAAUGGUAGGUAUUCCUUAAGUGUUUAUACUAAUUGUUUCAGUACAAAGGAAAGUAUUCAUGAAAAUUUGAAGUUAACUUGAUAGUAACAGAUUAGUACAGUGCUUAAAAUAUGUCAGAUUGUUAGCUGUUCUGCAAUGACAGUUUCAGAUUACAUUGGCUUAAUAUACAUUAUUCUGUAUAUAAUGAAGAGAUUUUAUAUACAGCUUCUUAAUUAUUUAACAACAGUGACAUAUGAAAACUGGUUAGAACUUUCAGUUCAUUGUACACUAUUUUGCAUUGUUGCAAAAACUUAACUUGUGGAACUGUGUUACUUGCCUCAAAUAUUUAGAAAGAAAUUGUGUGCCAUCACUGAGCAUCUACUACUAUUGCCAUCUACAGUUUUGUGUAACGUGUUUCAUAUGAUAUGAUAGAAAUUCUGAGUCUUACAGUGAAGUCAAAAAGAGUUAAUACUCCAGUCUGUGCUGUAGAAGUUAUCAAAAUCAGCAGAUGCUGUUAUACUAAUACUGUACUGUUGAGUCAUUUGUAUCGUAGUGGAAGAUUAAGAGUCGUGGUAGCUGUAGUUGCACAACUCUAUGAAUGAAUGGCAUUGUGUGGAGUUUCAUGAAAACUAGAUGUCAGAAAAGUUGUGUGAAUCUCAAAACAUUGUGCAGGAGAGAGUGAAUUAAAAAAUUGUUGAUGGUUCUCAAAUGUUAUUGAUGCAUAAAUGUGGUGAGACUUAACCUAGCUAGGUAUAUUUUUCAGAAAAAAAUUGUGUCCUUUUAUAAAGCUUGCAAGUGUGUGCGUGAUAUUGCCCUUUACAUAAUUUUUUGUAUAUGUUACUCCAGUGUUACAAGAGAGAUCUUUUUGUAGAAAACAAUGUGAUACAAACACAACUGACAUUAUAAAGAAAUCAUUAUUUUAUUA